AUGAACUACAGGAAGGAGAGUAGUCAUGAUCAAAAGCUUGAUUUGAAGCUGAAUUUAUCACCACCAAGGGAAAAUAUUUUUCCAAUUUCACCAAGCAGAUCAUCAUCAUAUUCUUCAUUAGAAAGAUCACCAGCAAGUUCUUGUAUUUCUGGAGAACCAACUCCAGAUGAUCAUCAACAAUUUUUUGGUAGCCCAGAGACAACUACUUCAAUGAUGCUAGUGGGUUGUCCAAGAUGCUUAAUGUAUGUUAUGUUACCAGUGGAAGAUCCAAAAUGCCCCAAAUGCAAGAGUUCUGUUUUGCUUGAUUUUUUCCGUGAGGACAGAAUCAAGAAUUCAAAGAAGUGA